GAGGCUGCAGCCGCUGAAUAAUGACCGGAGCGCUCAGUCAGUCAGUCAGUCAGAGUGUUCAAUGGGUUAAUUCAUCAUCUGUGAGGAAUCUCUCUGCUUCUGUCUCUCACAGAAGCUGCUAGUUGCUGGUUUUGUGACUGUUAAUGCCCACCAACAGCUCGUGGACGAUAAUAAUCCAGCCGGACUGUUGAUUUGACAGCGAUGUUUAUUGAUUGUUUUAUGAGGCUCGUGUUUGUGGAUGGCAGUUGAAAAUCUAUGAGAAGCUUUUUGCGAUGUGAAGCAAUUAAGGUCUGGAGGUGUGAGCUGGAAUUCGCUUGAGAUCAUGGAAGUAAUGAAGAAUCCGGGGGAUCAUUAGUGCUGAUUGGAGUUGGAGGAAAAGUCCAACUGUUUUUAUUGUUUUUGGCUGGAAGUCGGAAGCGUGUUUUUUUCGGAUAACAAUCGGGGAAAGGGACCAGUGUCCACGUUCAUUCGCACACGAUGGCUAAAAAUAAUAGUGUGUUUAAUCGCGAAUGAGAGCUGGAGAAUUUCUUCUCAAUUCUGCGACAAUCUGUGAUCCAGAUUUUAGCAGCGGGAUAAUCUGGAUCCUGCAGUGGCUCGGAUCAUCAACCCUUCGGAUCUGAGAUAUCGGUUUCACAGAUCGCCCAUCAUCAAGCACUAAAGGGAGAAGAUGCCGUUCCACCAUGUGACGGCAGGACUGCUGUACAAGGGGAACUUUUUAAGUCGGUCACUGUCUGAACACAGCAAUAGCGAACAGCUCGCCAACAUCUCUGUGGAGGAACUAGAUGAGAUCCGGGAGGCGUUCAGAGUCCUGGAUCGGGAUGGCAAUGGGUUCAUCUCGAAGCAGGAGCUUGGCAUGGCCAUGCGCUCUCUAGGGUACAUGCCCAGUGAAGUGGAGCUGGCAAUCAUCAUGCAGAGAUUGGACAUGGAUGGUGAUGGACAGGUGGAUUUCGAUGAGUUCAUGACAAUACUCGGACCUAAGCUCCUGUCCUCUGAAACACGGGAAGGCUUCCUCGGAAACACAAUAGACAGUAUAUUCUGGCAGUUUGACAUGCAGCGAAUAACACUGGAGGAGCUGAAGCACAUCCUUUUCCAUGCCUUCCGAGACCACCUGACGAUGAAGGACAUCGAGAACAUCAUCAUCAAUGAGGAGGAGAGUCUGAACGAGAACUCCGGCAACUGUCAGACAGAGUUUGAGGGAGUUCAUCCCAAAAAGAAGAACCGUCAGACGUGUGUGCGCAAGAGUCUGAUAUGCGCCUUCGCCAUGGCCUUCAUCAUCAGCGUCAUGCUCAUCGCAGCCAAUCAGAUGCUGCGCAACGGCAUGGAGUAGCGACACCACUGUGAGCGGGGCGGAGCCUGCAUGUGCAUGUCUGUCCAUGAAGUUUCUGGAAACUAACAAACAAAAACCAAACACCUCACUACUGAAAAAAGAGGAGCUUUUUAUUCUUUUUUUAUUCCUGUUCUCUCGUUACUUUUUUCAUGCGGACCAAGUGACACAGGAAACGUACGGCCAGCCAAGCCAGCAUGUUCUACACGGGGUCUCAUCUCUCAGGCAGGGACUUUAAAGGGCUGACUUUCUGCUUUUCGUGCCACCUCUGUUCCCUAAUGCAAUAACACGCAGGAGUUCAUAAGCACCUCUUAGACGACGUGGCUAUCUCCUCCAUGCUUUUUUUUCCAGCAGGGAUUCGCUGAUGAGCUUCUGCUUGGUUCGGGCCUGCUGUCGAUGUAGGAAGGCAAAAGUAAUUGGCAACUCAUUACACCUUUGUGGAGGGAGAGCUACAGCAUCCACUCCGGAGACUAUUUAUGUCUGCUCUUGUCAGAGUGCUUUUCAGGCUCUUUGGUUGGUGGGAGGCCAGGGAAGGAAGAAAGGAAGGAACGGGCGCUCGUUGUAGUCCAUAAUUAAAUCCACAGUCAUCUGCUCCAAAAAAUCUAUGAGCCCGACUCAUAGUUUUAAUCGUUCUGAAUGUGUUUCUGCGCUUUGAUUGUGCGAUCUUCCCAUGUCUAAUGCUUUUUUUUCUGAAAUGGUUUGUAAAUGAGCACAGCAAUGCAACAGAAAGGAAAGUUUUGCACAUUAUAUUAUAUUAUAUUAUAUUAUAUUAUAUUAUAUUAUAUAUUGGUUCCAUUAAGUUGAACAUUUUUAUUAAUCCCACUGGGGGCAAUUAACAUAGGGCAGUAGCAUCAUUACACAAAAAACACAUUCAAACAAAAUCACUCAAAAACAAUAAUAAAAAACAUCCUAGAAUGCUUCAUAAUAUAUAUAUAUUUUUUUGCAGGUUAAUUUGGAGAAAUGUGUCUGCCAAGUGAUGUAAUCUAACUGUCAAAAUAUUACUUUCAUUAGUAUUUCUGUCUUGUUACUCAGUAUAAAUUUCACACUUCACUCUUAAAAGAUACUGAUCACACUUUACAAUAAGAUUCAUUAGUUAAUGUAUUUACUAACAUGAACUAAAAGUAAACAAUACUUGUACAACAUUUAUUAAUCACAGAUGAACAUUUACUAAUGCAUUUUUAACAUCUAAAUUCAUGCUUGUUAACAUUAAUGCACCAUGAGUUAACGUGAAUUACCAAUAAACAGCAGUAUUUUCUUUAACUAAUGUUAACUAACAUGAACAAAUACUGUAAUAAAUGUGUUGUUCAUUGUAUGUUCAUGUUAAUAAAUGCAUGAACUAACAUUAACUAAUACAAACUUAUUGUUAAGUGUUACCAAAAUAUUUAGCGAUUAAUAAAUACUUUAAUAAAUUUCAAAUUAUGUAAAGGAUUAUGUAUUUUAUUAUGAAUCGUAAAUGUAGUGGUGUAGAAGGUUUUCUUUGUUUUGUAUCAUUUUAAAGUUUUUUUUAACAAAAUAAAAAUAUUAAUAAAUGAAAAAUUUAUGUCUAUCAAUACUUAGGAUUGAAAAAAUAUUAAGCAUUGUACACUGGUUUGUUAUCUACAGAAAUAUAUUAAAAUAUAUAGAAACGUAAUCUUUAAAAUGUUCUUAAAAAUGUUAUUUUAAUUGUAAUACUAUCUAAAAUCAAACAAAAGACAUUGACCAAAAAUAAGAUGUAGCUGACAUCAUGUUUCUUAUUUAAGUAGUUUCUUUAACAGCAAUUCAUUGAACACUUGCACAAUUUAGGAAAACAUGUGACAUUAUUAUGAAGAACUAUAAUAAAAAUAACUUUUCUUUCUAGUUGUCGAACUUCAAAUAUUUUAUUGGGUAAAUAAGAAAUUAGAAAUCAUCAAAACAAUCACAAGAAACCUGAAAAGUCAUGUGAAUUCAUUGCUAAUAAACAAAAAAGUGCCAAAAAGUGAAGAACACUAAGGCUGCGUCCAAA